AUGUAAUUCCAUACACAAGGGACAGAUGGGUUAGCAUCUGGUAGCAUUGAGCUUAGAAAACAGUGGAUAGCUGCAAUCCGACUGUGACAUCCUUCCCUGAGAUGGCUGAUGUGGAGGAGACACUGGUGAGUGGUGCUGGCGACCACCAGAACUCGACCACAAGUAUGAAACGCUCCGGAGGUGCUCUGCUGCUGGACAGCGGAGAGGACUUUGAGAUGCUGGAGAACAGCGAUGAUGGAGGUGACGAUGACCUUCCCCCAUUAGAGGACGCCGGUGGUGGGGAAAAGGCACAAGGGUCCGAGAACGCUGCCCAGCCUAAAGACAGCGUGCCUGAGGUCUCCGCUCCGAUGGACGAAUGGGUCGACAUUCUCGGUAGUGGUCUCUUGCGGAAGAAAGUCCUAGAAGGUGGCGAAGGGCUGGAUACCCGGCCAAAGAGAGGGCAGAAUGUCCAGAUCAAACUGAAGACCUCUCUGUCAGAUGGCACUGUCGUAGAGGAGGAUUCUGAGCUGUCCUUCACACUUGGUGAUGGAGAUGUCAUCCAGGCGCUGGAUCUGGCGGUACAACUGAUGGAGAUGGGAGAGAAGGCUCUGGUGGAGGCUGAUGCUAAAUAUGCCUACGGCUGUGUGGGAAGUGCCUUCCCUCAGGUGCCGCCCAACUCUAGUCUCUCCAUGGAGGUGCAGCUGCUGUCUGCCCUCGACGCCCCGGACCUGGAGCUGAUGAAGCCCGAGGACCGGAUUACCCUGGCGGGGGAGAAACGCGAGCGAGGCAACACGCACUACCAGCGCGGUGACUACGCCUUCGCCGUCAACUCCUACGGUCUCGCCUUACAGAUCACAGAAGCCAGCUCCAAAGUGAACAUCACACCAGAGGAGGAGGUGGAGCUGCUGGACGUUAAGGUGAAGUGUCUGAACAACAUGGCCGCCGCACAGCUCAAGCUGGAGCACUACGAAGCCGCCAUGCGCUCCUGCGUGUCCGUGCUCGUCCACCAGCCCGAGAACGUCAAGGCCCUCUUCCGCUAUGGCAAAGUUCUUGCCUUAAAGGGGGAGUUUGCCGAAGCUAUCCGGACGUUGAAAAGAGCCCUGAAACUGGAGCCUAGUAAUAAGACUAUCCAUGCUGAGCUGUCCAAACUAGCGAAGAAGCACUCGGAGCAGAAGGGAGCAGAGCAGGCGAUGUACAAGAAGAUGCUGGGAAACCCCUCUGAUGUCUACUCUGUCACAUCGCAGCAGCCCAAAGCCUCAUGGAGCUUCAGCUGGAAAUGGUUAUUUGGAGCCACUGCUGUUGCCAUUGGAGGUGUAGCCUUGUCUGUGGUCAUUGCUGCUAGAAAUUAGGCCGAGUCCUGACCUGGCGAUGGACCCCUGGAGCUCUCGCUAGCUGUGGCCCUCACCAUCACAGCACUGCUCCCUUGGAUAGCAGAUGUGCAAACCAGAAGGUCCUAGUCCACCAUGAACCCACACAGAAAGACGUCUCGGAAGUAUUUUUUAAGAUUUGCUUUUGCGGGUGUUGUUCGCUGAAAGAGAUGACCAAAAAAGAAACAGUGUAAAGUAAUUCCAUAUUUAUGUCUGAGCAGUAAAUGAGAUGUCCAAUGUAUGUACAGUGUGUGAAUUGUAAAUGCAGACCACCAGUCCAUCAUUCCUGCUGAUGACUUGCUUAAUCUCCUUUAUGUAAACACUAGCUAACACUAGCUUCAGCGUGUUCAGAUUUAUGAAUUCUACCAGACGUGUCUGAAAGUUGGUUACAUGAGCUUUUGCUAGCCAAUGGAAAAUUUAAACCAGAGGAUUGUAUGCUUUUUUUUAUGUUGUUUUACUGUUAGAUAUGUUUCCAAUGUAGUAUGCAGUGUAUUCUUUAAUUGGGGCGCUAUUGCACAAGUUGUUAUAAACAGCUAGCUUGCUUACAACCCCUGUUUAGCCACUGCAUUUCCAAUUUUUGUUUUUCUGUUUUUUACUGGAAUUGCCACGUAAUCCUCUAAUCUUGUGUUAGGGUUGUGUGAUCAAUCCUAGCCAACUGUGUUGCUUUGCCAGAUGUGUCUACCAUCCAUUCGAAAUUGGCUCUCAUUUCACAGCCUCUGAAAAAAAUACCUCACUUUUAAAAGUUUCCUUAGCCAAACAUUUUUCUUUUCAUCCCAUUGUAGACUAUUUGAGUUCAUGAUUCCUCUCACUUUUUAUGUUAUUUUGUCUAUAUUUAAUGUGAAUGAAGUUAUAGAUUAUUGUUGAUAAUAUCUCAAGGAUUAUUUAUUUUAGUAGCUGCUGUUUGUCUCCAUAGAGCCACAAUGAUUAUUUACAGUCACUGGGACAUGCUUGCAAGAUCAAUAUUGUUCCUUAUUCCAUAUAAAAAGUGUGAGAGUUCAAAUCUUUUGUUUGUUGAUUUUGUAAUUCUUCAAAUAAACUUUUGCACACUGGGUAUAUGCAAA